AUGCAACGCGCAAUCAACCGCGCCGCCGCCAUAGAGCGCAUGAACAAUCGUUUUAAUCAAACAGGGCGGUAUGUAGAAGCCCUCGAGGAGUCUCCCCGAUCCCCUGAAGAAGUAGGAGCGCAAGACUCUGAAAAAGCAGGAGCGGAUGAAGUUGAACCAAGAAAAGAAACAGGAGCGCGAUAUCUAGAAGAUGAACCAAGUGAAGAAACAGGAGCGCAGUAUCCAGGAGAAGAGGUCACAUUCGUUCCUCCAGAAGAGCAACCCCUGUUCCAUGAUGAAACGGAGGGACAAUUAGAAAAUGAUAGCCUUAACAUUAGCGACUCAUCAUCUUUAGUGUAUGAGCACGAUGACGUUGCGCUAGCACACGUGGCCAAAGAACGACAGUUACUGUGCAGUGUCCCACAACGAAUCGGACGCUUUGCACUAGCAAAAUUCCUAGAGAAUGCGUAUCGCGACGACAGGAAGUACUGGUGGCGUUAUGUGCCGGAGAAACUACAAAACACAGCAGACGUGCACCGUUAUAUGCACCUA